UGCGAGGGGCGUGCACGCAGCUUGACGCGUCCGCGAACAUGGCACUGCACACGUAGCGCCGAGGGAGGGCUCGCUAGUUAAGGAUGGUAUCGGGCCGCUCUCGUGCCACAUGCGAACGGCUGCGUGCGCGAGCGAGCACUGCGCGCUCCCCGCUCAUGAGCGUCUCACAGAGCGACACGGGCGACGCGAGCGCAGCCCUUAGUAUGACAGGAAGAGAAGAGGCGGCGGAUGGAGCGCACAGGUGCGCGGAGGCGCGACCCGCGAGCGGCGAGAACGCGCUCAAGAGCGAAGACGCGGCUGCGGGGCUCGUGCCCCGGGCGCUGCGCAGACCCCGCAGCAACAGGGGCAAAUCCAAGGAGCACCGGCGCCUGGUCACGCACAGGCUCGUGCUGCACUACAUCGUGCCCUGCAUGAACGCGUACGGCCUCUGCAUCGUGGACAACUUCCUGGGCAACAAGAUCGGGGAGCGAAUCCUGCGAGAAGUGCGGAACCUGGAGCAGGCGGGCAAGCUGCGAAACGGGGAGCUCGCGUGCAGCAGGUUCGGCACGAACCCCUCCAUCCGGGGGGACCAGAUCGCGUGGGUGGAGGGCAGCGAGCCGGGCUGCGAGAACAUCGGCUUCCUGCUCACGCGCAUGGACAAGCUGAUCACGUACGCGCACGGCAGGCUCGGCAAGUACAACAUCAGAGGCAGACACAAGGCGAUGGUGGCGUGCUAUCCGGGAAACGGAACAGGGUAUGUGAAACAUGUGGACAAUCCCAAUGGAGACGGACGGUGCGUCACAUGCAUCUACUACCUGAACCAGAAUUGGGAUGCCAAGGAACACGGGGGAAUUCUGCGAAUCUUUCCCGAAGGCAAGUCCUACGUAGCCGACAUCGAGCCGCUGUUCGACCGGCUGCUGUUCUUCUGGUCAGACAGAAGGAACCCGCAUGAAGUGCAGCCUUCUUACGCUACAAGGUAUGCCAUCACAGUGUGGUAUUUCGACUCCGAAGAAAGGGCAGAAGCGAAACGGAAGUUCAGAGACUUGACAGCUAUCUCGCAGGAGAGGAGCACCUCCUAAUGCAACAAGGGGCUCGCUGUGUGCUGUGGAAUGUGCUGGACCUGCACACCUCCACUCAAGUUCCAAAAUGGAUCGUCUGCAGGACGUAAAAUGUAGCACUUUAGUCCGCUGUUUGUUCAGGAAACUGGUGACCUGUAGAUACUGCACUAAUGGUACCUGCACCUGCUUCGCUCUGGACUGUGUACUUAAAGUGCGCAGCUGAUGGAAACAAGCAGAUUUCUUUCUUUAAAUUUAGUCUAUUGUGGCCUCCUGUGCAGCUGAAGUCAGUCAAAUGUCACCUGCUGCAAAGCAUAGGAAACUGAAUUAAACGUACAGAGGUCCCUCCUUAUCCACUGGGUUCUCUUUCUGCAGUUUCAGUUACCGCGGUCCGAAAAAAUCAAAUGGAAAAUUCCAUUUUAAACAAUUCAUAAGUUUUAAAUUGCGUGCCGUUCUGAGUAGCGUGAUGAAAACUCGCGCUGUCCUGCCUGGGAUGUGAAUCAUCCCUUUGUCCAUCAUAUCCACGCUGUAUACGCUACCCGCCCGUUAGUCACUUAGUAGCCGUCUUGGUUAUCAGUUCAACUGUCGUGGUAUCGCAGUGCUUGUGUUCAAGUAACCCCCCUUUGUUUUUUGUUU